AUAUUCCUCCAUGAAGGAAUGGUGGGUCAGUCUGAGUGGUCAGACUACUUCCCCGACUGCGGUGGUAACUCACAGUCUCCCGUUGAAGUGGUGACCACCCAGACCAAAUAUGACCCCGGUCUGACUCCCCUCACCCCGCUGGGCUACAGUCAGCAUGGCAACAAACCCUUCACGCUGUACAAUAAUGGACACACAGCGGUAAUCGACCUGCCUGACUGGAUGAGCCUGGGCGGGCUCCCCUGGCUUUUCUCGGCUGUACAAAUGCACCUACACUGGGGCAGCGGUGGUCCGAGUAUCGGGGGCAGUGAACACAUCAUCAACGGGCAGAGUGCAGAGGCAGAGCUACACAUAGUGCACUACAACUCUGAGCUCUACCCCAACAUGUCUGUCGCGAUGACGCAGAGGGAUGGGCUCGCUGUCCUGGGAGUUCUCAUCGUGACAGGUGAGGAGACCAACCCAGGUUUUAACAACAUCAUCAACUACCUGAGCCGCAUCAGACACGCAAACCAAAAAGUGUACAUACCAGCCUUUGACGUGCAGUCACUGCUCCCCAAUGAUCUGGAACGCUACUACCGUUACAAUGGCUCCCUAACGACGCCGCCUUGCUACCAGAGCGUUAUCUGGACGCUUUUCCACGAGAGGGUCCAAAUCUCCAAGGCUCAGCUACUGAGGAUGGAGACCUUACUGUAUUCCAGCAAGGCUGGAGAUCCAGAUCGGAUGCUGCUGCAAGAUAACUACCGCUCCACGCAGCCGCUCAACCACAGGAUGGUCUUCGCCUCCUUCACGGCAGAGUCCGGCAAAGAGCUCUCUUCAGGUGAGGUCACCGCCAUCGUGAUUGGCGUAAUGUGCGGCUGCGUAGGCCUGGCCGUCAUCGUCCGCUUCAUCAUCAAGACCAUCCGAUUUUUCACUCUACUCCACCAUGAAACAGUCGCGGUAAACAGCUCUACCUCUAGCUGGGACGUCCUUACCAAUAACCGGCCAGCUCCGAUGCAAAGGAUGAAAGAGCCCGAGAAAGCAAAAGAGAAACAACAAGAGAUGGUUCUUAACUCCACUUCUCAAGCAGAAAAGAAAGAAGAGAGAUCGUCUCCACAAACCGAGCCAUAG